CGCGCCACGCCGGACGAGCUCCUCCAAGCGAACACGCACGUUACCUAUAUAAUAAACCUGCACCUAUAGGGAUCUAGUGCGCCUCGGAAUCACUCAUCAGUUACGGAGUACUGCACUGAUUUUUUUGCCCCCCUCCCCAAACCCCCAUCAUCCACACAUUUCGGCGAAAACUUUUGCAGCAGUUGAAUUCCCGCGCACACGAGGGGGGUUGACACACCUGGCCUCCUCGCCGGUGUCCACCGUGCAGCACAUUAAUAUACACACUAUACACUCGUAGUCUGAGCAGUUGGCCGCCAACCAGUCGAUCGGUACCAGUGGAAGACUCAAUUCCAUCCGACGACGCCGUGUGUCACCAGUGCUCCUCUCCCUACGGCUCCAGCAGCGGUUCAUCCCCAACGGGGGGGGGGUUGCUGAUUACCGGCUCGAAGCGAGUCGAGGGAAGGAAAAAGUGCUCCCGUGUAUAGUUGCUUAUACUUACCCCGUGUGUUGGAUAAAGGAAAGCUCGGUGGUGCGCGUGGAGAGAAGAAGAAGUUGUUGUUGUUCGUCCUCUAGGAGCUGGCAGCGCGUGCACCGAUAAAUUAUUAUUGUCUCGCUAGACCAGACCUACCAUUCAAAAGCCAUGGGGAUGAGGAGGACGAGCCGGUUUUGUCCGGUGCUACUGCUUCUGUCGACAACGCUGCUGCUGCCGGUAGCGACCAGUGCCGAGGAGAGCGUGCAAAUCUUUUCAAAGCCCUAUGACCAGUUCAUCACCUCGAGCACGCUUAAGUGGAUACCCGAUUAUCAGUACAGCGCCUCCAAGAACCUCAUCAUCGGGGGAUUCGAGGUCACAGAUGGUGCGUCGAGGGACACGGGUAGGCCGAUAUUCAUCUGCCGGGCGAAGCACAACGACCUGUGGGUGGCGGGCAGCCAGAAAAUGGGGGAGAAGAAUUGCACGGUGACGUAUCUGGGUAGCGUGGGCUCGUACAAGCAUUACCAGCUGCUCGAGAACGUCGAGGGCGCGGCGCGCAUCAGCUGGAACAAGUGGAGCAAGUACGCGUCGCCACCGAGCGGCGCCGUGGCCAGCGACAAGUUGUACGUGGCUCGGCACGAGGCGUCCCAAUCCACCAGCCAAACCCAUUACAUCGGCACCCUGGAUUCCCAGGACAUGCCCAGCAGUAUUCAGUACGCCAAAGAGGGUGGUGAGGAAGGCUCGGCGAGCGAAGGCCAACUGCUCGUGGAAAUCGAGCCGAUUUCGUAUGAGCUGCGAGACUUUGAGCUCGUUCGCACCAAGAGCCGCGUGGUCAAGCGCGAGAUGCGCGAUCUUGCCCGGGUGACGAUCGGCAACACCGGCACCGAGCCAUCCACGAUGGCCGAGGCCCUCGCCUACUCGUACACCCACGUCAUCUACCUGGGCCAGGGCCACGCCAUGCUACAGGGCCUCAAUACCAGCGUAACCGCGCGAAACAACCACAAACUCCUCGACAUGAAGUGGGGCAUCAAGAUACGGGAGAAUCGCACCGGAGUACACAACGUGGAGAUAAAUCUGAAGGCGGGCACCGCGGUUAACGUGACCCUGCAAGGCGAGUACGUGGUCGAGGACACGCCCUACACGGGCAUGCUGUUCUCCCGGUACGAGGACAGCGCCUCGGCGAAGCCGCGAUCGGUCAACGGGGAGCACCGCGAGGAGAAGAUCGUUAACGUCAAGCCCAUCUUCGGUCUGGUGUAUUACACGGGCAACAACAGCCUAGCUCCGACCAUUGCCCCCUUACCAACGAUUACCGAGGCCCCGACCACGGUUAUUACCAUGACCCACCCGACCCACCGGCUCGCGACUACGCUACAACAACAACAGCUCGACGAGGACGAGGACGAGGAGGAGGAGGAGGAUGGUGCAGGGAAGCGUAUGGGGCAGGACGACGAGAACAACGCGAUCCCGGCCAAACAGUCGGAGGCGUCACCCGGGAUGCAGAGCGACGACAGCAGUCCCCUGUCGCUCGAGGAGAAGCCCAAGGGGGCUGCCGUAGUUGUCGCCGAGUCGUUGUUUUUGCUCGCCGUCGCGACUUUCAUCGCGAGGGUCACGUGAAGCGUCGCGGGUCACCGUUAGAUGAAGAAGGCAGCAGCAACGCGACGAAAUAAAAGCUUCUUCUCUUCUACAUAUUAUAUAUAUAUAUAUUUAUAAUUAAAACGGCUGAUUUUGGAUGACUGUGUGUGCGUGCGUACAGUGUGCUGGAUCAUAAUGUGGUUUUUACGGAGUUUGUAAAAUAGGGAUGGAAAAAAAAAA